UUACAGUAGUUGGUAGGAUGAGGGUAAAGUCAUUUUUUGCCGUUUAUUUUAUUUUUGAAUCCCUGUCCUUGGAAGAGCCUUUUUAAAUAACUAAUAUUUUUUUCAUUAGAAAGUUAAAAAUAUAUUUUUUUUAUAAAAGUACAAUCCAUUGUUUUGCGGAAGCUACACGUUUGUGUGAACUGUAAGUGUAUGGCCAGAAUUUCGAUCAUCUUUUACUUUGAAAACGUGGAUCGGAAGUGUCAUUCUAGUUGUGUGUGAGUAUCUCUGUCAUACCCCAGUAUCAGCCCGGAGCUCUCUCGGACUGGACCGGUCGUGAUGGUGCGGGCUGCGGUGCUGCUGCUCGGACUGGUAGCCUCGUGCCGGGCACAGGUCGCUCCCCCCACGGUGAACAUCAGCCUGGACGAAGAUCCAGAGGAGCGGUGGACGCCUCUGACCCAAGUCUUCGACGUAGACUUCCUGAAGAAAGCUGCCGCAGAGAUCAUUGACACAACAGUCCCAAAAUGGGUGCAUCUUGCAGUUACACCUAUCGUGACGGCCUUGGAGAAGUACGUUCCUCAGCCUUAUGCGGGAGAGAUCCGCGGCUUGGCCUCACAAAUGGGAGGAAACAUUUCAGAUGUCAUCAUUCUGAACUUUGCCUAUGAAAUAUCUGCAUUUUGCACUAGCAUCGUAGCUCAGGACACAAAUGGGCACGUGUACCACGGCAGGAACCUUGAUUAUCCACAUCCUGUUCUGAGGAAUCUGACUAUCAACGUACAGUUCCUCAAGAAUGGACAGGUGGUGUACCGUGGAACAUCAUUUGCUGGCUACAUAGGCCUGUGGACGGGACAGAGUCCAAACAAGUUUACCGUCUCUGGUGACCAGCGAGGCAGUGAACACUGGUGGAACUGGUGGAAGAAUGUGGUGUCUGCUUUCCUCUUUCGGAGAUCCCCAGUCAGCUGGCUGGUGAGGGAGACGCUGGAGGAAGCAGAGAACUUUCAGGAUGCAGUAAUGCGUCUCUCCAAGAUCCCCAUCAUCACCGGGGUGUAUUUCAUCGUGGGUGGGGUGCGAGCAGGCGAAGGGGUCGUCAUCACCAGAGACCGAGCGGGCCCCGCUGAUAUCUGGCCUCUGAAUCCCCUCAAUGGAGGAUGGUACAGAGUGGAGACGAACUUUGACCACUGGCUCCCCCCCCCAGCCGGGGAUCAUCGAAGAGACACAGCCAACAAAGCACUAAAUGCUACUGGCCAAGAUCACAUCAACAUGGAGACACUUUAUCAGGUUCUGUCGCUGUAUCCAGUGUGUAAUAGAAUUACUGUUUACACAACAAUAAUGAGUGCAGCAGCCCCUGAGAAGUACAACACACUUGUCAGGCCACAGGGCUGCCCACCAAACUGACAGGCCUUGAGCAGAUGUUUGCUGCGGAGUGUCCCAUCGUGUUUUAACUUCACAACAUGGUUGCAUGCAGAUUCAUGAUCAUGUGGGGAUUGUAAAUGAAUGGGAUUAGAAGGGAAUGGGACUCUUUGUAGAGUGACAAUGCUUUUCUGCCUCUAAUAAAAGUGAAAAAUUGUAAUAGAACCAUAUGUACCUGCAAUGUCAAGCUUAAUACAUGUUUAGUUACUUUAUUAAUUGCGAUCAUCUGGAGUCAGCUGAAGAAGAGUUGAGGGACACUGAAACACAAGUUUCUACUCAAGUACAGGACUAAAAUGAACAAGGAUGGAAAAGCCCUUCUCUGUACCUGGAACGCCAGGACAUGCUUACAAGUGCUAUGCUAAUUGUGCCUAUUCCGUUUUGUGCCUCUCAGGUAAACCACUUCUCUGGUUUAGCUUAUAGUAGUUGUUAUUCUUCUAUCGUGGUUCACAUUUUCCUCUUUGUUUAAAUCAUUCAGAUCUGACUCCGAUUUGUGUAUUUGUUUAACUAAUUCACUUGAGUAGGACCACCAUAUGCACUGGCUAUGUAUAUGCUAACAGGCCACUGUCUUUGUAGAGUUCUACUGUAUGUACUAACACGUAACAUAAUACUUAAGACUCACAGAACUCAAUAAACACAGGACUGAAUAAAACAAGACUAAAUAAAAUUCAAUGAAAAGGCAAACUAAAAAGGUGGGUCUUGAGUUGGUCCUUAAUUUGAACUCUACCGCCCUCAGGUCUUCUGGGAGGCUGUUCCACAGUCGCAGGCCGUAGUGAUAGAAACCUGCCUCACCAUGGCUCUUUGUUUUAAACCUAAUAAUGGCAGAUUGGAUACAGGUGUGUAGUUAUUAAGAUUUGAGGCAUCUACAUUGUUUUGCUUGGGAAGGGGUUUCACCAUGGCAGUCUUUAAGACGGUUGGAAAAACAACCAACUGAUGUACUGUGUAUCUUCAAUAAAAGAGUGAUAAACAGUUUUAAAAAAAGAUUUAGGAAUGGGAUCUAAAAAUAAGCUGUUUUCAAAACCAUUUACAGUAAAAAAAAAUAAAAAAGACAAAUAAUCUGA